GGAGUCAAGUUGGAAUUUUGGCGCGUCUGGUUGAAGAAAUCGAAGGGGUGCUGAGCCGGCUGAGAUUCUGCAUUAUUGCUGUCUCCUGGGCUCCUGAUCCUCCUCCAAAGUUCUUUGUCACCACUGCUCCCUAGACAGCAUGGAUGUGGAGGAAGAUGAAUUGUCUCUGCUGACUGCACUGCUGGAGGAGAACGAGUCAGCCUUGAAUUGUUAUCCGGAAGAGAGCCAACCCUCAACCCACGUUUACUGUUGUAAACCUGACACAUAUGAUGAGCUCUUCGAUGCUGAUGGUGACGGUGAAUCUUACACAGAGGAGGCUGAUGAUGGAGAAGUGGAAACUCCUGAAGACCAAAAGGAAAACCUGGCCACUCUUUUUGGAGAUAUGGAGGACUUAACAGAUGAGGAAGACAUUCCUCCAUUGCAGUCAACUAAAAACAGAGCAUACCUGGUAAUUGGUAAGAUGGGAGUCACUAGAAUGAAUGAAUUAAAGAAAUUGCAAGAACAAAUGAAGUCCUUACAAGAACAGCUAAAAAUGACAACAAUUAAUCAGCCUGCAAGUCCAGCCCGUGCACAUAAAUCUGUAGAUCAGUCUCCACGUCCCCCUCUAAAGGAGAAGAAAGUCCAGAGAAUUCAGGAGUCGACGUGCUUUUCUGCAGAGCUUGAUGUCCCUGCUCUACCAAAAACCAAGCGAGUGGCUCGGACACCAAAGGUUUCACCUACAGGUGUAGUACUGGAGACUGGUUCCUCACUGCCCUGGUUUUUUAAAAAUACACGGCCUCGAGUAUCCUCCACAGAGAUGAACAAGAAAAUGACUGGCCGAAAACUGAUCAGACUAUCUCAGCUCAAGGAAAAGAUAGCACGUGAGAACCUGGAAGAAAUAGACUGGGUGACAUUUGGGGUUAUACUGAAGAAAGUCACUCCACAAAGCAGUAACAGUGGGAAAACAUUCAGCAUCUGGCGACUGAAUGAUCUUUGUGACCUGACGCGGAAUGUAUCGUUGUUCUUGUUUGGAGAGGUUCACAAACAACUCUGGAAGACUGAGCAGGGUACCGUCAUAGGGCUCCUCAACGCCAACCCCAUGAAGCCCAAGGAUGGGUCAGAGGAGGUGUGCUUAUCUAUUGAUCAUCCUCAAAAGAUCUUGAUUAUGGGUGAAGCUAUUGACCUGGGAACCUGUAAAGCAAAGAAGAAGAAUGGAAAACCGUGUACACAGACUGUUAAUUUGAAGGACUGCGAGUACUGUCAGUAUCACAUACAGAUACAGUACAAGAAGCUCAGUGCCAAGCGAGCUGACUUGCAGUCUACCUUCUCUGGAGGACGAAUUCCGAAGAAGUUUGCCCGCAGAGGUGCCAGCUUGAGAGAACGACUAUGUCAGGAUGGUUUUUACUAUGGAGGGGUUUCUUCAGCAUCGUGUGCAGCCUCAAUUGCAGCAGCUGUAGCUCCUAAAAAGAAGAUUCAAACCACACUGACUGAUUUUGUCAUGAAGGGCACAGACUUGAUCCUUCAGGAAACGCAACGAAAACUUGGAAUACCCCAGAAGAGCUUGUCUUGCUCUGAGGAAUUCAGGGAAUUGAUGGACUUGCCUACCUUUGGAGCCAGAAAUUUGAAACAACAUUUAGCUAAAGCCAACUCACCAGGGAUCUUGGGGAGCCCAAAACCUGCAUUCCAGUCUAUCUCGGCAUCAGCCCUCUUGAAGCAACAGAAGCAGCAGAUGUUGGAGAUGAGGAAAAGGAAAACAGAAGAAAUAGAGAAACGAUUUCUGCAAAGUUCAAGUGAGGUCGUGAGCCCAGCUAUGCCAUCGUCUUCUCGACAGCCACCUUCUCGUUCUCCACCAACGAGGGCUGGGUUCCCCAGGUUGAAAGGAACCCCAGCCACACAGGCGCCCAAGCUGGGGCGAGGCAUCUCAGAAGGAGAUGAUGUUCUUGUUUUUGAUGAGUCACCGCCUCCAAAACCAAAACUAAGUGCUUUAGCAGAAGCCAAAAAGUUAGCUGCUAUAACCAAAUUAAGGGCAAAAGGCCAGAUUCUUACAAAAACAGACCCAAACAGCAUUAAAAAGAAGAAAAGCGACCUCCAGGAUGUGCUGGAGCUGAAGGAACGUGUAGAAAAGAGCGCCACAUUUUCUCCUCAAGCUGAAGAUGAAUUGGAGCCUGCCAGGAAAAAAAGGAGAGAACAGCUUGCCUACGUGGAAUCUGGGGAAUUUCAGAAAAUUUUAAAAGCAAAAUCAAAGCACACAGGGAUCCUGAAAGAAGCUGAGGCGGAGCUGCAGGAACUCUACUUUGAGCCACUGGUGAAAAAAGAACAAAUGGAAGAAAAGAUGAGAAACAUCAAAGAAGUGAAAUGUCGAGUAGUGACAUGCAGGAAGUGUGCCUACACCCACUUCAAGCUUUUGGAGACCUGCGUCCAGGAGCAACACAACUACUACUGGCAUGACGGCAUAAAGAGGUUUUUCAAGUGUCCCUGUGGAAACAGAUGUAUCUCCCUUGACAGGCUCCCCAAAAAGCACUGCAGUAACUGUGGCCUCUUCAAAUGGGAACGGGAUGCAAUGCUAAAGGAAAAGACAGGUCCCAAGAUAGGAGGAGAAACCCUGUUACCAAGAGGAGAAGAACAUGCCAAAUUUCUGAAUAGCCUUAAAUAGCCCUGCCUUCAAACAGGUACCCACAACUACAUUGCUUUUUGUGGUUCUGGGAAAGCAAGGUGGUGGGCCUGCGAUGCCCGUGUUCCUGACUGACACAGUCACAGCAAAUACUUGUUAAACCUACAGGCUUUGCCUACUUACUUCCCUCCGUUGUGUUGGUUUGACACCACAUUUAACAUUGACCUUUAAGUGGAAAAUCAAGAUGUUAUUGUCUUCUGUGUUCUUAGCCAGUGAUGGCUGCAUUCACACAAUUUUUUUGCCCAAAAACUGGAAGGUCAAUCAAGAGCUGGUUUCUGUAUCUCUUGGAUUAUAGUGUGUGUGGUGUCGCUUCUUGAAUCGCAGUAAGGUUCUAGUGUUUAUGUGGGACACAGAGGCAAAAUAAUUAAUUUAGUUCACCUCAGGUAAGAUCCUUAACUUCUGGGCUUCAGCUGCCUUAAAAUGAGGAAGGCUGGACUAAGUGAUCUUGAAAUGUGUCUUUCAGCGCUCAGAUUCUAUAAAUAUAUGUAACUUUUUCAUCUAGAUAAUUAUGAUUAUUGCCCUUGAUUUGGUCUUCAUGUACUGAUAUUACAAGCCAGGUUCCUUCUUUCUGUUCUAUUAUAUUUGUAUUGUUCUUUGAGAUUAAGUCACUGAAUCAUGGGGCAUUUCAAUUCAUAUCUCUGUGUGGCUCUCUGGGCCCUUACAAUAUUGUGGAGCUCUGUAAUGCAAAUAACCUAAAAUCAUAUCGUUUUUAAAUAUGGGUUUAUUUUA